CCGUUAAGUUCCUUCUUCUGACCAUAGAGUAAAUGACUGUGCUGGGCGGGUCGAAACCUGUUUUUAUACAGUCUAUGGUCGAAACAGACAUAUAAACCAGCAGGCGCUUUUGUUUCUGUCUGUUGAUCCUGAGUGGCAAUAGUGGAAAGCAUGGCUGAGGCAGACCGACCAGGGAAGCUCUUCAUCGGUGGCCUGAACACUGAAACUAGUGAGAAGGUCCUUGAAGCCUAUUUCAGCAAAUUUGGCCGAAUAUCAGAAGUUCUGUUGAUGAAGGAUCGUGAAACAAAUAAAUCUAGAGGCUUUGCAUUUGUAACUUAUGAAAAUCCUGGUGACGCAAAAGAUGCAGCAAGGGAAAUGAAUGGAAAGCCUCUUGAUGGAAAGCCUAUUAAAGUGGAACAGGCCACAAAACCUCAGUUUGAGUCUUCAGGACGCCGUGGUCCACCACCAACACGGAGUCGUGGCCCUGCUAGAGGUCCACGAGGGUCCAGGGGAGCACCAAGUGGAAUGCGGGGACCACCAAGCAGAGAACCCUUUUUUAAAGGCAUGUCAUCCAGAGGGCCACCACCACUGAAAAGAGGCCCCCCAGUGCGGAAUGGAGGACCCCCACCCAAGAGAUCUGCACCCUCUGGGCCAAUGGGCAGACCGCCAAUGUCCAGAGACAGGGACCCAUACGGCCCUCCUCGCAGAGAUUCUCUGAUGUCACGUCGGGAUGAUGGUCCUCCGCCUCGUGAUGACCACUACAGUAAAGACAGCUACUCCAGCCGUGACUACAUGAGUUCACGGGACGGUCGAGACUAUGCCCCGCCACCACGUGAUUACCCAUACCGGGAGUAUUCGGGCCAUUCCAGUUCUAGAGAUGACUAUGGGUCAGGAUCCAGAGGUUACAGUGAUCGAGAUGGCUACGGUGGAGGACGAGAGCCCAGGGGUUACAUGGAUCGGCCCAGUUCAGGCUCCUAUAGAGACCCUUACGACAGUUACGGUAACUCACGCAGCGCCCCACCCUCAAGGGGUCCCCCUCCGUCCUACAGUGGGAGUGGCGGAAGCAGUCGUUAUGACGACUAUGGCAGCAGUUCCCGGGAUGGAUAUGGCAGUCGAGACAGUUAUCCCAGCAGUCGGAGUGACCCGUACUCCACUAGUCGUGGUGACCGUCUGGGUAGGCAGGAGCGAGGGCCACCCCCUCCUCUUGAGAGAGGCUAUCCUCGUGAAUACAGCAGCUCGAGCCGUGGGCCGCCUCGGGGUGGUGGCCGCGGCGGUCGGGCAGAUAGAGGAAUGGCCCGGAACAGAUACUGAGAUGGACUUUGAGGAGAAAAAAAUAAAAAGGAGAAAUGAUGGCUUCUCGUUGAAACGUUCAAAAGAAUUUAAGAUUCCAAAAAAAAGCGCCCUUUUAAACUCUGGACUUCGAGUUUCAGUUUCAAGCUG